UCUCAACCCCUCUCGCUCUCCGGUCGCACUCACCUCUUCCUCCUCUCUCCAACUCUCUCACUCCUCAGCUCCUCCAAUGGCUUCCGCCGUCCCAGAAAACCUCAGCCGCGAGCAGUACGUGUACCUGGCGAAGCUCGCCGAGCAGGCCGAGCGCUAUGAGGAGAUGGUUAGCUUCAUGGAGAAGCUCGUGGUGAGCUCCACCGCCGCCGGGACAGAGCUGACGGUGGAAGAGCGCAAUCUGCUCAGUGUCGCCUACAAGAAUGUCAUCGGCUCGCUCCGCGCGGCCUGGCGCAUAAUCUCGUCGAUCGAGCAGAAGGAGGAAGGCCGUCGCAACGAGGAGCACGUGGCGCUCGUCAAGCAGUACAGAUCCAAGGUGGAGACUGAGCUCUCCGCCAUCUGCGCUGGAAUCCUGGAGCUCCUGCAAUCGCACCUUGUUCCUUCGGCGACCACCGGAGAGUCCAAGGUCUUCUACUUGAAGAUGAAGGGCGAUUAUCAUCGAUACCUCGCCGAGUUCAAAAAUGGCGACGAGAGGAAGACUGCCGCCGAGGACACCAUGGUUGCAUACAAGGCUGCGCAGGAUAUUGCGGCGAGUGAUUUGGCGCCCACGCAUCCAAUAAGGUUGGGGCUGGCGCUCAACUUUUCGGUGUUUUACUACGAGAUCCUCAACUCCUCGGAGAAAGCUUGUAGCAUGGCUAAACAGGCUUUUGAGGAAGCUAUUGCUGAACUUGAUACACUGGGAGAGGAAUCGUACAAGGAUAGCACUUUGAUUAUGCAACUGCUGAGGGACAACCUCACUCUGUGGACUUCAGAUUUGCAGCAGGAGCAGAUGGACGAGGCUUAAGCACGGGAUUGUUAUGCUCCUUGAGGGAGGUGGGCUUGAAUGUCAUAAAUAUUCUGUAAUCUGCAGACAACUCUAUUUACAUUGAUGUCCUUAUGUGCAUACCAUGUGCUCAUGUUGACCUGUUUCCUUUUAAUUUGUUUGGCUUGGUAAUGAGAGUAGUAUAUGAUGAUUCCUGGUACCUUUAUUUUUGGCUUGAUCAAUGAUUCCUGGUAUUUUUGUGCUCA